UCGAAGAAAAAGAAACUCGGUUCACAACAGUGUGUCCGUCAGUAACGUGCUGGAUAAUGACACAAGCAGAGAGAGAGCAGGAAAAUGAAAAAGAUAAAGAUAAAGAGCGAGAAAAGGACAAAGAAAAGGAACAACGAGGAGUCAAAAGACCAAUUGUUCCUCCUGUUAUCACAGAGCCUUUACAAGAGCAAAUCCAAACCAACUUUGUGGUGGUGAUCAGCCCUGGAUCGCAGACGCUUCGUAUCGGCCGAGCUACAGACACCUUGCCUCUUACUCUUCCACAUGUCGUUGCCCGGAGACAUAAACAGACUGGUCAGCCACGCUAUGAGGAUGCCUGGCUAAUACGGGAAGGCUUGAAUAGACCAGAGAGUGGGGAACAGCGGCAAAAUGGUCUCAAGAUGGUUGACCAGGCUAUCUGGUCUAAAAAGAUGUCCAGUGGGGCCAGAAGAACUCCAGUGUCUGCGGAACAAGCUAGAGUAUACAACAGGCAAAUCCGUCCAGCUGUUUUGGAUUCUAACUCGAGGCACAAAUGGACUAAUACCAUCCACCAGCCAGAAUACUUAGUAGGAGAUGAGGCGUUAUAUGUGAACCCCACAGACUGUUAUAACUUACACUGGCCUAUUUGUCGUGGCCAGCUGAAUGUCCACAGUGGACCUGGAGGCUCUCUGACUGCUGUGCUGGCAGACCUGGAAACCAUCUGGUCACAUGGCAUUCAGAAACUUUUAGAUGUUCCUCUCAAAGACCUGAAGUAUUACAGAUGCAUCCUCCUAAUUCCAGACAUAUAUAACAGACAGCAUGUGAAAGAAGUGGUCAAUAUGCUCCUUGUUAAGCUGGGCUUCUCGGCAAUCAUCGUACACCAGGAGUCAGUGUGUGCCGCGUUCGGCAGUGGAAUGAGCAGUGCGUGCGUGGUAGAUGUGGGUGAUCAAAAGACCAGCGUGUGUUGUGUGGAGGAUGGCGUUUCCCACCGAAAUUCCAGGCUUUGUCUUGCAUAUGGAGGCUCAGAUGUGACCCGAUGUUUCUUUUGGCUGAUGCAACGAGCAGGCUUUCCUUACCGAGAGUGCCAGCUAAGCAACCGACUGGACUGCAUGUUGCUGCAGCAACUUAAAGAGUCUUUUUGUCACCUUGACCAGGACAUAUGUGGUUUGCAAGAUCAUGAGUUUCGCACCCGCUUCCCAGAAUCCUCAGUGUUCCUCUAUCAGUUACGGCUCGGAGACGAGAAGCUACAGGCUCCCAUGGCUCUGUUCUACCCUGCUGCAUUUGGAAUUGUAGGACAGAAGAUGACCAGUUUGCAGCAUCGUUCCCAGGGAGAUCCCGAGGAUCCGCAUGACGAACACUACCUAUUAAGUACUCAAAGCAAGCAAGACCAAUCUUCUAAAUCCAUGGAAAGGAAAGGUCUCUCUAAGCCUUCAGGCUUUGAGGGUGAAUCCAGCAGCCAAGCUGGUGACCAAUCAGAGAGAGGAAACCAAGACGUGGAGCUUGGCCAUUCACAGGGAGAUACUCUUCAGAGCGGAGCGGACAAUGAAGAUAUUCCUUCUGUCCUUAUGUCCAGGAAGUCAGCAGUGACCCAGUUUGAAGGCAAAGCUCUUGGACUGGAUAAAGCAAUUCUGCACAGUAUCGACUGCUGUGCAUCGGAUGAAACGAAGAGGAAGAUGUACAGCUCGGUGUUGGUGGUGGGCGGUGGACUUCUGUUUCAUGGUGCCCAAGAAUUCCUUCAGCAUCGUAUUCUCAACAAAAUGCCUCCAUCUUUCCGGCGGAUGGUCGAGAACGUCGAGGUCAUCACACGGCCGAAGGACAUGGACCCUCGGCUCACGGCUUGGAAGGGUGGAGCCGUUUUGGCGUGUCUGGACACCACCCAGGAGUUGUGGAUCCACCAGGGAGAGUGGCAGAGAUUUGGCGCACGCAUGCUCCGUGAAAGAGCAGCUUUUGUUUGGUGAAAUGUGUGUUUGCGUGCGUGUGUGUGUGAGAGAGAGAGAGAGAGAGAGAGAGAGAGAGAGAGAGAGAGAGAGAGAGAGAGAGGGUGGGUGCAUGCAUGUAAAAGAGUUGUGUGCAUGAGAAAGAAUGUGCCUGAAUGUGCAUGAGUGCGUGUGCAUGAGAGAAAGUGUGAGUGUGUGUGUGAGAGAGUGUGUGUGUGUGUGCAUGAGAGAAAGCAUGUGUGAGAGAGAGUGAGUGUGUGCAUGAGAGAAAGAGUGUGUCUGUGUGUGAGAGAGAGUGUGUGUGCAUGAGAGAGAAUGUGUGUGUGAAUGUGCAAAAGAGUGUGUGCAUGAGAGAAAGUGUGUGUGUGUGCGCACACAAGAGAGAGAGGGAGAGUGUGUGUGCGCACACAAGAGAGAGAGGGAGAGUGUGUGUGCGCACACAAGAGAGAGAGGGAGAGUGUGUGUGUGCACACAAUAUAGAGAGGGAGAGUGUGUGUGUUUAUGUGAGAAUGUGUACAUGAGAGAAAGGUGGUGUGUGUAAGAGAGAGUGUAUAAUGCACGCAAUGGACAAAUGUAUUGUUGCUGUAUAUAUUAUUUGCUAAGGUAAAUGCAAAACUCUUUAUAUAUGUGCAGAACUCAUCAUUUUUUCACCAUGGUUUCUAAAAAAAUGCAGAUGCAGUUGUUGAAUUAAAAAAAAGAAAAACAGAUUUUAUAAUCUAUACAAACGCAAAGGUUCCUUACUGUGUGGUAUCCUGUUUUUCUUGAUAUCAAAGAUGUGACCUUCACAUAUGCGUAUCAUCACAUUUUGCUAACCGUCAGUCUCUGAGUAUCUGAUUAACUAAACAUGAACUCCUUAUCUUAUCAAAGACAGGAUAUAACUUGUUACACAAGUUACACAACACUGAUCAAUAGAUACGAAGUUCUGUUAGCUGUUGGGACGAGCUGAUAAAAGAAUGGUUCAACCAAAAUCCUUUGAAAUCGUGUGUAAAAAUAUGACAGAAGGAGUAAAUAAAAGCACAGACGAUCAAAAUCAUAAUAUAGAAUCUAACACCAAGUAUAAAAUGUCAUUUAUACAGUCAUAUUACAUGAUAGGUUUUUUUGUGAAUUCAAAUUGUUUCAAGAAUUUUCUUGAAUGUAUACUCUUAGGAAAAGUAACAGAAAGGUAAGGCAGUUAAACUAGACUUUAUCAUAGUCUACGAUCUAGACUUCGACUCAGUAUCUUCACUCAGCAAUUUCGACUCGUCCAACAUCUGCACGGUAUCUCGGACCUUCCUGGCUCUGUCUUUACAGCCGUAUGACUCAAACCUGCAGCUUGAGAUUGUUCCUUCUUUCCUAGAGGAAAUUUGAUGAAGUUUCUCCAGAUCCCUGGGCAGAGUAAGGGUCUUGCAUCCUCUGAGCUCCACUGGCAUUGUACUUCUGAGCCCACCGUGGUUCAGGUGCACCACCAAGAACUUAUGGUGCUGCUGGGGAUCAUGGGCACAACUGGCAACCAGGGUUAGUGCCAGUGAAAAAAGUUCACAUGCAGACGCUGGGACCGUGUAAUCAGUUACGACGCUUCCCAUGUUGGGUUUUAAGGCGGCUGUGGAAAAGUGUGGAUUUCAGCACACAGCAGCAUGGCUACUGUAAGUAUGGACUGACAUCCCAUCUGUAACCCAUAAAUGGCAACCCAUGGUUCCCACGCUGAAAGCAUGAUAGUCCCAUUAAGGUAUGUAAACAUAUUUCUUUUUCUUUAACUUUAAUUGUCAUGACAAUUUUGUCGAUUGUAGAUUCUGACUUGACCCUGACCAGGAUAAAGUUGGAUGAAUGAAUGAUUGUUUUGCUGAAGAUUUUCAAAUCAACGUUUCUAGUCAGUAAACAUCCCAAUAAUGCCAUCACUUUGUGUUGGCUGCUAUUAUUAUAAAUAAAUAUAAUAUUAUAUACAUUUUAUACUACUUAAAACGUCUACCAUAUUUCUGAUUGAGUUCAUUUAAACUUUACAUUCUGCUCCAGACUUUUCCAUUCUGUUCUAUUUCUGCUGUACUAAAGUGCACAGCAACCUUUAUUUAUUAAUAAUAAUGUGCUAGUACAUCAAAUAUUUUCCCCUUAUUACUGCCCUGUGAUGUAAUUGCCUCAUACCAUUGUUUUGGGUAGAAAGGUCCUGUUUGUUCUGUAAACAUGUUGAAUGAUCCCUCAUCCUUUCAUUAUCACAUCCUGCAAGGGCCAAGGAAACAUUACAACACAUCUGAAGAAGAAUAAAUUAUCUGAAAAAAAGAAUAAAUAAAUAAAAAAACUUACCAGGCACUUGUACUUCUGCCUGCUUUGAGUAUUUGUGUCGCUCUUGAGGUGGUGCAGGGGGAAGAUUAUAGGCAGCUACAUGGUAAGAGCUGCUGGGUUCAAUAUUGACAUCUGUAGCUGUGAAGUUGAACCAAAUCUAAAUAAUACAACGGGAACAUUAGAUAUGAAUAUGUGGCUUAGAGAACCAAAGCAGUUUGAUCCAUUUGGCAGAAGCUUUUAUCCAAAAUGAUUCAAGAAAGCUGAGCCUAAAAACUCAUCGGUGAAUUUAAGUCUUAAUGCCAAAGACUCAUCAGUGAAUAAAAUAUCCACUGUUUUUUUUUUUUGUUUUGUUUUUGAAUGCCUUGACUUUAUAAUUUCAGCCUGUAAACCAGGAAAGAAUCAAUUGUUGAAGAAAUUGGAACUCACAUUCAUUCAUUCAUUCAUUCAUUCAUCUUCUACCGCUUAUCCGAACUACCUCGGGUCACGGGGAGCCUGUGCCUAUCUCAGGCGUCAUCGGGCAUCAAGGCAGGAUACACCCUGGACGGAGUGCCAACCCAUCGCAGGGCACACACACACUCUCAUUCACUCACGCAAUCACACACUACGGACAAUUUUCCAGACAACAAUUUUCCGGACAAUUUGCCAAUCAACCUACCAUGCAUGUCUUUGGACCGGGGAGGAAACCGGAGUACCCGGAGGAAACCCCCGAGGCAGGAGGAGAACAUGCAAACUCCACACACACAAAGCGGAGAGAUCUGAAUCUACAUACUGAAGACCUGCAACAUGUGUAUUUUGAAGAUUACUCUUUUAAAGCAACCAUCAAGAAUGAUAUUAAAGUGUGUUCAUUGGCAUCUUCCUGAUUGAUCCAGAUUUAGACAAAGGACAACUGCUCACAACUUACCUGCGAGAGAUUUGCUCUUUCGUGCUUUGGUGAAUCUUUGACUGUUGAUUAUUUCACCGUUGGUUUGAUUUAUUUGUACAGAAUAUUGCAGCAACUCAUUCUUUUUACACAAUCUGUAAGUCAAAUAAACAUAUCUAUCUAUCUA